AUGCCGGCUCCGGACUCAAAUGCCCUCUGCGGUCCUACCAAGCCGGGGACAAAGCCUCCGGACAAAUCCAAGAAUGAAACCCUCGCCGAUCUCAGCCCCUGCCCCCUCAACGCCUGCUGCAAUGUCUGGGGUCAGUGUGGCAUCAAUGGCGACUUUUGCGUCGAGACCAAGGGCACGUUUGGCAACCCCGGAACAGGUCCGCCGGGCUCAAACGGAUGUGCCACCAACUGCGGCCAGGACAUUGUCAACAACGAAGAAGGGCCGUCCCAGAUUCUCUCAAUCGGUUAUUAUGAGUCGUGGAACAUGGACCGCCCAUGCUUGAACAUGAAGGCCAGGUCCAUCGCAAAUAUGGGCUCGUCGUAUACACACAUGCACUGGGGCUUUGGCACCGUCUCCGAGAAGCUGGAUGUGGGCGUCAACGACACGUACGGGCAGUGGGGUGACUUCAAGCGCUUGAAGUCUUCAGGUAUCAAGACGAUCCUGUCCUUGGGCGGUUGGGGUGACUCAACGAGCCCUGAGACAUACGACAUUUUGCGCAAUAUUGUGAGCCCGAGUGGCAGAGAGCAUUUCACGGAAAGUCUGGCCAAGUUUGCCAACGAUCACGGGCUUUCUGGUGUCGAUAUUGACUGGGAAUAUCCAGGUGCACCCGACAUUCCAGGUAUCCCAGCGGGCCAGAAGGACGACGGUAAGAACUAUCUGGCCAUGUUGAAGCUGCUGAGAGGGAAAUUGGACAAGAGCAAGACGCUCUCCAUUGCGGCUCCCGCCUCUUACUGGUAUCUGAAACCCUUUCCCAUCGACGAAAUGGCUGAAUACCUCGACUACAUCGUCUACAUGACAUAUGACCUACACGGACUAUGGAAACAAGUGGGCCCAACCCGGGUGUGA